AUGAUGCAGCAUUUAGGUACAGCUUUGAUAACGGCAUUUAUGGAGAGAUGGCAGCCGGACACGAACACCUUCCAUAUGCCAUUUGGAGAGAUGUCGAUUCUUCUCCACGACGUGCAUCACAUUCUUCGUAUUCCAGUUGAGGGGGAGCUGAUGAGAGAUGAUCCGCAUCCAGAUGUUCUUAAGUUAGACAUGCAUGAUCUAGUUCGGGUCCCGGUGGAUGGUCCUGUUGGUGGUAAGUGGAAGUCGAAGUGGUUCCUUAAUGGUGGUAUACACGCAGAGGGAUUGUUGGUGCGUGGACGAGAAAUGAAGAUUAGGGACCUGGAGGUGCAGACUUACUUGUUUGUGUUGUUGGGAUCCACACUUUUUGUGGAUAAGAGUCGCGAUCGCCUCCGUCCUGCGAUCAAUGUAUUUCUGAAGGACCAGCGACGAGUGGCCGGUUACGCCUGGGGAGCUGCUACACUCGCCUAUCUUUACAGACAGCUAGGGAUGGCCACACGAGUGGGGAGUAAGAGUAUUUUUGGUUGUUUGACUCUGCUUCAGGCGUGGAUAUAUGAGUACUUUCCACUCUUCCGUCCGAGCCAGAUUCUCCAGGCUCCAGAUGCUCCUCGUGCUUCCUCGUGGGUGUGUCACCGCUUUGCAGGUGGUGAUGAUGCUAGACAGCGCUUGGUACGGUAUCGACAGAUGUUGGAUGAGAUGUCAGGGGAGGAUGUGUCUUGGACUCCUUACGGGCGAGAUGCUGGCACGGAGGUACUACGCUCUUUGUAUACUGGUGUCAUUCGCUUUGCUGACGUUGCUGAGGGUUAUGAUCCUGCACGGUGUCGCCGACAGUUUGGGUACCGACAUACUAUCCCCCGUACGAUGAUGGUUCCCAAGGAUGUGUACCGCCCAGCUUCUUGCAGCACCUACAUAGUUUUCUGGGAGGGUAGCAUGGAUCAGUUAUGGGGAAACUUGCCGUCUCAUUUUCUACACAUAGCGAUUGAUUCUGACUUGUGCGAGUAUCCAUCUGAGGCCGAUGAGGAUUACAUGGACUGGUACAGGACUCGAUCGCACCCACGGAUCAUCAAUCCGGACUCUGGUGGAGUGUCUCUACAGCGGCCAGUGCUAGUCGAUGAGGUUAGUUAUGUCAUAAUUGUUCAAUUUUUAAUGUAUUGUUAA